GUGAGAACAUACGGUGGAUAAAUGAAUUGGCAUAUGAAUGCAGAAAACAGAAGUGGUUUGAUUUGAACAUUAAUUUAAAAUUCAAUAUUAAACAUGUCUAAGUUUAUCAAUAAUAGACCACCAGAAAUAAUUAGAUUUAUUUAUUUAUAUCAUUCCUGCCUGAGCUUGGCAUUUUCCGUCUGUGGUCUCUGACUUCUCAUUUCUGAAUCUGAUCUGAAUGGCAUCGUCGACUGAAGGUCAAGUCAUUACAUGCAAAGCUGCGGUGGCCUGGGAACCCAACAAACCCUUAACAAUCGAAGAUGUUGAGGUCGCUCCUCCCCAAGCCAACGAAGUCCGAAUUCAAAUCCUCUUCACCGCUCUCUGUCACACUGAUGCUUAUACUUGGAGUGGCAAAGAUCCUGAAGGUCUUUUCCCUUGCAUUCUUGGUCACGAAGCUGCUGGUAUUGUGGAAAGUGUUGGAGAAGGUGUCACUGAUGUUAAGCCUGGGGAUCAUGUCAUUCCAUGUUACCAAGCUGAGUGUGGGGAAUGUAAGUUUUGCAAAUCCGGUAAGACCAAUCUCUGUGGCAAGGUUCGUGCCGCUACUGGGGUUGGGGUUAUGAUGAAUGAUCGCAAACCUCGGUUUUCUAUCAAGGGAAAACCCAUUUAUCAUUUUAUGGGAACUUCUACUUUUAGUCAGUACACUGUUGUUCAUGAUGUUAGUGUUGCUAAGAUUCAUCCAGAUGCUGCUUUGGACAAAGUUUGUCUUCUUGGAUGUGGUGUUCCAACCGGUCUCGGAGCUGUCUGGAACACUGCAAAAGUUGAGCCAGGGUCCAUUGUUGCUAUUUUCGGUCUUGGAACUGUUGGGCUUGCUGUUGCAGAGGGUGCAAAAUCUGCUGGUGCAUCACGGAUUAUUGGCAUAGAUAUUGAUAGCAACAAGUUUGAUACAGCAAAAAACUUUGGAGUCACUGAGUUCAUUAAUCCAAAAGACCAUGAGAAACCAAUUCAGCAGGUCAUAAGUGAUCUAACAGAUGGAGGAGUCGAUUAUAGCUUUGAGUGCAUCGGAAAUGUCUCUGUGAUGAGAUCUGCUUUGGAAUGCACCCACAAGGGAUGGGGGACAUCAGUUGUUGUGGGCGUUGCAGCAUCAGGGCAGGAAAUAUCAACUCGCCCUUUCCAGUUGGUGACUGGGCGUGUAUGGAAAGGAACAGCUUUUGGCGGCUUUAAGAGCAGGUCACAAGUGCCUUGGCUUGUUGAAAAGUACUUGAAGAAGGAAAUCAAGGUUGAUGAGUACGUUACCCAUAAUUUGACUCUUGCGGAGAUCAACGAGGCAUUUGAUCUUAUGCAUGAAGGGAAAUGUCUUCGUUGUGUGCUUGCAUUGCAUUGAUGAGGUGAUCUGGUCCAGCAUUGAUACUUUGGGUUGCUGUUAAAUAAUCUGAGUGGCUGUAGUUUGUAAAAACAUAUGGUAUGGUUUAUAAUAUGGACCGUAUUCCAAUCUGAUUUGAAGGUCUUUGCAAUCGAUAAACAUCUUUUUUUGAGUUAUGGGUUA